AAUGUCUAACAUGAAUAAGCCUCCUCUUGUAAUUAUUCAUCCACUUGUUUUGAUCUCAGUAGUAGAUCACUAUAAUCGUAUAAUAUCAAAAACACAACAACCUAGAGUAGUUGGUGCAUUGUUGGGUACAUUAUACAAUUUGAAUCUUAGGUGAAAGAAAGGCUGAUGGUGUUAUUGAUAUUACCAAUAGUUAUGCAUUACCUUUUGAAGAGGAUCCAAAGGAUUAGAAUAUAUGGUAUUUAGAUCACAUUUACAAUGAAACACUAUUUGAAUUACAUAGAAAAGUAUCAAUAUUAUCUAAUAAUUAGAUUAAUAUCAAUGAAAAGAUAGUUGGAUGGUAUUCUACAGGAUCAAGAUUCAAACCAAAUGAUAUUCAAAUCAAUCAAAUAUUUUACAAGUAUACAACUACUCCAAUUUUUGUGAUUAUCGAUGUUCAUCAAUUUGAUCCAUUAUCACUUCCAACUGAAGCUUAUACAUCAGUUGAUGAAAUCUCUAAAUCAGGAGAAAUAGUCUAAAACUUUGUGCAUAUUCCUUCUACUGUAUAAGCAUUUGAACCUGAAGAAAUUGGAGUUGAAUAACUAUUAAGAGAAAUUAAUAAUGUAGAUACAUAAUCACUUUCAGCUAAAGCCGAAUAAAAGAUAAAUGGAGUCAAAGGAAUGAAUAAGAAGAUUGCUCAAAUUUAAUAAUACUUAAAUCUUAUAUAAUAAGGUAAAGUGAAACCUAAUUAACUUAUUAUAAACAAUUUACAAGUAACUACUAAUAAUAAGUCUAGGAAAUUCUGAAUUACUUACCAAAUUUAGGUUCUUAAGAUGUGGUUUAAGCAUUCACUACCAAAAAUAAUGAUAAUAUGUUGACCAUAUAUUUGGCAUCAUUAAUGAGAAGUAUUAUUGCCUAUCACAAUUUAAUAAAUAAUUAAGCUUAAUAAGAAAAAAAAGUAAAGUGAUA